AUGUCGCGCCGGCGCGGCACCCCUGGCGGGGGAGAUGAGGAGUUGAGGGACAGAGAAGCAAAAGAAACCCCAACCAGCAGCAGCAGCAGCAGCAGCAGCAGCAGCAGCAGCAGCAGUAGCAGCCGGGGUCUUAGCCGCAGCAGCUCUGACAAGAAGUCUGCGAGUCACAGCAGCAGCAGCAACAGCAGCAGCAGCAGCAGCAGCAGCAGUAAUGGGAGGAGCCGCAACUGGGGAGAAGGGGCAGAUUGGCAGCAGCAGCAGCAGCAGCAGCAGCAGCAGCGGCGGCGCAGCAGAAGCGACAGCCGAGGAGAGCGAGAGAGAAGAGAUAAGUAUAGAGACAGAGACAGAGACAGAGAUCGCCACACGAGAGACAGAGACAGAGACAGAGACAGAGACAGAGUGAGAGACAGAGACAGAGACAGAGAUAGAGACAGAGACAGAGAUAGGUAUCGCGAGAGGGAUCGGGAUCGGGAUCGGGAUCGGGAUCGUGUACGUCGACGGGAUCGAUCCCGGGAUCGAUCCCGGGAUCGUGAUUUGGAUUGGGAUCGAUCCCGAGAUCGGGAGACGGAGAGUGUGAGCAGUCGGCGGCGGGAGGAGGUUGUGGGGUUUACAGCAGCAAUAUGUGGGGUCCCUGCAGCAGCAGCAGACGAAGAUAUUGAAGAGACAGUUCGUGAUCAUUGUAUUAACAAACGCUUCUCAAUCCCUGAGUCUGUACGUGUGCAGCUCUGCUGUCUCCGCGAGUUAAAUACACUUUGUGUUGCUGCUUACCGUCUCUCUCUUGAAGCUGCACGCCCCUUCUUUGCAAGCCCUCCUGCUGCUGCUGCUGCUGCAGGGAGCAGCAAGGACCAAGAGCAGCAGCAGCAGCAGCAGGAAGAGCAGCAGCUGCUGCGGGUUGCGUUGGUUGAGUUUCCUUCUGUUGAUGCAGCACAAAAAUUUGUUAAGUCUUGUAAAGGCGGCACGUUUGCUGUUGCGGGGAGACUCUGUCCUGUAGCUUUGCUGCUGCAGCAGCAGCAAGAUUCAAGAGAUGCAGCAGCAGCAGCAGCAGCACGGGCAGCAGCAGGUGCAACAGCAGACGUAUCUCCUGCUUCUGAUUGGAUCUGUACCUCGUGCGGCGCACCAAACACCAGCAGCAGCAGCAGCAGCAGCAGCAGCAACUGCUGCAUGCAUUGCGGCGCAAAGGGCCCUGUAGAAGCAGCAAGAAACGGCGAGGAGACAGAGCGAUAUGUAAACACUUUAAUUCCUGAAGACCCCUCGGAGACAGUUGUUGUCUCCGAUUUGCUGCUGCUGCAGUGGGGAGAUCUGCUGCGCGCUUUAAAGCGUAAGCUGCGCCGCAAAGCAGCAGCAGCAGCCCCUAGCAGCAGCAGCAGCAGCAGCAGCAGCAGCAGCAGCAGCAGCCAGCAGCAGAGUUUGAAUAUUAUAAGCUGCACAUUGGCGUAUGAUACUCCGGGUGCUGCUCGGCCGGAGAGUUUUGCUGUAAUACGUUUGAGCUGCGUAGACACUGCAGCAAAUGUUGCUGCUGCUUUAAACUCAUUGAGAGAGACAGAGAUUGAGAAGGAUAUUUGCUUCGUUAGGUCUUGGGUUAUGAGUAAAGAGCAAGAAAAACUGUGGGCAGAGAUCGUCAAAGUUGCUGCAGCAAGCAGCAGCAACAGCAGCAGCAACAGCAGCAGCAGCAGCAGCAACAGCAGCAGCAGCAGCAGCAGCAGCAAGAGCAGCAAACAACACAACGGCGAACAGGUUUUCUCUCUGCAGGAACUCAAAGAAGUCGCCAAGGCUUCAUCGAGCUGGAGUCUGCUGCUGCAGCAGUGCCAGGGUGUGCUGCUGCAGCUGCGAGGGGGUGUGCUGCCUUCGUUCUCUUCGCGAGAUCCUCGCAGCGGCUAUUUCUAUAAUAAAGAAUUAGGUUUAUAUUUAGAUAUGUCUUCGUCAUAUUAUAUGAAUACUCAGGGAGAUUACUUUGUUCAUGAUGCUGCAGCACAGGCGCUGCGAAGGGUGUAUAAUUAUCGAGAAGCAAACAGCAGCAACAAUCAACAGCAGCAGCAGCAACAGCAGCAGCAGCAGCAACAGCAGCAACAGCAACCGACUGCACAGCUUGUUGCUUCUCUUGUUGCUUCAGCACAGAAAAGUGCUCAGGCUACUAAGGAUGCACUUGAAAAAGCAAGAACAAGCGAGAAGAGAAAUGCUGCUGCUGCUGCUGCAGCAGACACUCCUGCUGCUGCUGCUGCUGCUGCUGCUGCAGCUGCAGCAGCAGCAGCGCAGCAACUGCAGCAAAAUGUUCCUUCUCCUCCCCCGGGCCCUCCUCACUUCAAAAGCAACUUCUCUGAUGGGCCGUCUCCACAGCAGCAGCAGCAGCAGCAUACACCUCGAGGAUAUUCUUCAGGAUCUGCUGCUGCUGCUGCUGCUGGUGCCGCAGGGUUCAGCGUCCCUCUUGCUGCAUCACUGUCUCCUUUGGACGGGAGAGCAUCGGGCGGUGUAGAGUUAAGUACAGCUUUUGUUUCUCCUGCUGCUGCUGCCUCAAGUGCAGCAGCAGCAGCAGCAGCAGCUGCACCUUCCAGCGUAAUUGCUGACGUUGCAAAGGUGUUUGAGCGAAACUUAGCAGCAGCAGCAGCAGCAGCAGAAGACACGAAGACUACAGCAGCAGCAGCAGCAGCAGCAGUUCCUCCUCCUCCUGCAGAGGUGCGAGGGUCCAGCGUGUCGCCGAGCAGCAGCAGCAACAUCAGCAGCAGCAGCAGCAGCAGCAGCAGCAGCAGCAGCAAGGCAGCAGCAGCAGAGGCACCUAAAUACUGCUUUGUUUGCUUGAGAGUUUUUAAAACAAAAUCUGCUGUCCAUGAGCAUGAGCUUAACUCUGCUCUUCACAGAAGAAAUGUGCUGCAGUUAGAGUCUAUGAAGGACGACGAAGCAAAGAAGCAUCAGGCGCAGCUGCAGCAAAUGCAGCUGCUGCGGCUACACCUCAGCUAA